AUGCAUUUCCUCAGCACUCUCACCACAGUCUCCCUCCUCGCACUCAGCGCAUCCGCACUCCCCACAAUCCAAUCCACAAACGGGAUAGCUGUGCGCGCCUCCCCCUCUGCCGUGAAGAGCAACACCACCACAGCCGCCGGCGCCGUCUCGCCCACGCUUGUCCCAGUCUUCAGCAUCAAGACCGGGUCCUUGAAGGGCCUUAAUGGUGUCGCGAUCCCGGCAGUCUGCCCCCCGUCUCGCGCAGACUUCAUUGCGAAGCUCAACACCAAUGUAGCGGCGGGCAAUGUGCUGGGGACGCCGAUUACGUUCAAUACAAAUGCGGCGGUGCAGGAUACGACUACGAAUAAGAAUCGCGCGACGGCGAUGCUGAUCACGCUGCAGAACUUCACGGGCAAGAAGGGCGUUGGGUGUCCGGCGGCUAGUACGCCGGAGCUGUUGACGCAGCAGAAGACGGGGGUGAUGGCAAAGCCAGGCGUUUUGUGUACUUGA